AUGUUACAACCACGACUACUGCUGCGGCGGUCCCAGCAGACGACACCAUGUAAAUAUCUUUCGAUUCGACAAAAUGUCACCCGAACGUAUGCUACGAUUACAGAGCCGGUGAACACAGACCCAACUCCUAUGUUGGCAGCAGCAGGCUUUGCACCACCUGCAAAGGCCGAGAAGAGUAGUGCCACCUUUGCGAUGCGAACAUAUAAGCCUCGAACCCCUGGUGUUCGACAUUUGAAAAGACCUAUAAACGACCAUCUGUGGAAAGGAAGGCCAUUUCUGCCAUUGACAUUUUCAAAGAAGGGUCAUGGAAAGGGAGGAAGAAAUAAUUCUGGGCGUGUGACGAUCCGACAUAGGGGAGGUGGUCAUAAGCGGAGGAUAAGGACUGUUGACUUUACGAGAAUGACGCCCGGAAAGCACACAGUGGAGCGCAUUGAGCAUGACCCAGGAAGAAGUGCCCAUAUCGCUUUGCUUAACGAGGAAGCUACUGGGAGAAAGAGCUACAUCGUUGCCGCAGAGGGGAUGAGAGCUGGUGAUGUGGUCGAAAGUUAUAGAGCUGGAAUUCCAAAGGAUCUUCUGGACAGUAUGGGAGGAGUUGUUGAUCCUGGUGUGUUGGCAGCGAAGACUGCUUGGAGAGGGAAUUGUCUGCCACUACACAUGAUCCCAAUUGGAACAUUCAUUUACUGUGUUGGGUCUGCGAAAGAGAGAGGUGCGGUAUUCUGUCGAAGCGCCGGAACUCAUGCUGUAGUAAUUUCGAAGGAGGAUAAGGGAUCGCAGAACAGAUUUGUUCAGGUCCGCUUACAGAGUGGUGAAAUUCGAAAAGUUAGCAGAGACGCUUGUGCCACAAUUGGUACAGCAAGUAAUCCUCAUUUCCAACAUCGACAGCUUGGAAAAGCUGGACGAAAGCGAUGGUUGAAUAUCCGACCAACAGUGAGAGGUCUUGCCAUGAACGCUGCCGACCAUCCACAUGGUGGUGGAAGAGGAAAAUCGAAGGGUAAUGUCAACCCUGUUAGUCCAUGGGGAUUACCAGCGAAAGGAGGAUAUAAAACGAGACAUAAGCGUAACCCAAAUAAGUGGGUAGUGACAGCACGCGAACGAAACCAUGGAAAACGACGCGUAAAGUAG